AUGAAUCAGAUACGCGCCAUUCAGGCGCUCAACAAAAAAGAGAUUGAAAAUGGAAUUUCACCAGACGCGUCAUGGCAUGUAGAUUAUCGCGACACAGCCUUUGUCUAUUUCGGCGGCCUCCCAUAUGAACUUUCCGAAGGAGACAUCAUCACAAUAUUCUCCCAAUUCGGCGAGCCGGUAUUCCUCAAACUCGUGCGCGACAAGGAAACGGGAAAAUCCAAGGGCUUCGGCUGGCUGAAAUACGAAGACCAGCGGAGCACAGAUCUAGCAGUGGACAAUUUAGGUGGUGCUGAGAUUGGCGGCCGGCUAUUACGAGUUGACCAUGCUCGGUAUCAAGCCCGAGACGACGAAGACCAAGACGAAUACAAGAUUGGCUGGGAAGAUGUCCAGCGCAGAGAGGGCAAACCUGUGUCCGACGAUGAGAUGAGCGAAGAGGAGGAAGUUCAGAGACCAAUGCUACCGGAAGAGAGAGAACUGGCUCUGUUGAUGCGAGAUCACGACGACGACGACCCGAUGAAAGGCUUCUUGAUUGAAGAGAAGAAGAAGGAGACAGGCACAGACACCACAGACACCACAGAUCAAGACGAGACAAAGGAGAUGAUGGCCGACACGAGAGAACUCGGAGGGAAGAGGGAUCGGAGAAAGAAAAAAGACCUUCAGAGAGAGAAUCAAGACGAGAAAGAUAUCGAGAUGACUCGAGAGAGCGCCAUAAGCGGCACAGAGAUGUUUCUUGGGGAGAUUCUCAAGAGCGGGAUAGGCGGCGGGACAAGAAGCCUGAGGACAGACGAUCACAUAGAAGAGAUGAGGACGGCAGGUCAAACAGAAGAGACGGCGACAGACGAGAUGAUGACCGGGAAAGACGCAGGAGAAGGAGAGAAGACGACGACGACAAAGAACGUAGGAGAAAUAGAAGCAGAUCUCCACGGCGCCGUCAAGAUUAACAUCUAG